AUGGAGAUCCCGUCCCCAUGGAUCGCCGGAGGGCGGGGGGACGGGUAUCCAGGGCAUCCCGUGCCCGCCAUCGGCGGGCACGGAAUGCCCUGGAUACCCGUCCCCCAGCCCUCCGGCGACCUGGACCACGUAGCCCCACGAUGCUCUGUGCCCAUCACCACGGCGUCAGGGCAACCAAACUGGAGCGGGAGGGGGACGCCCACCUUCCCUACAAAUCUGUGCGUCUCCGUCCUCAUCAGCUCCCCCACCCCACACACACACCCCCCCCCCAACCUCGACCUCCGCAAAUACAAUUUUGGAGGUGUCGGGGAACCGAUUUCCGGGCUGGAAGAGGUUGGGUUGAGAAGGAAAUACGACGGGCCCCGCGGGGAGGAGGAAGGCAGCCGGAGCUGGAGUUUCCAGGGCUGGCUCGGUGCCCUGGCGCUGCUGGGCACCCUGGCGCUGUGCCGCAGCCUGCGCCGCCCCGGCAGCCCCCCGCACCAUCCCCACGUCCACUGCUACAGCGCGGGCGAGCUGCGGGACGGCGAGGCCCCCGUGCACCUCCUGGGCCGCAGCCUGCGCUGGGACCACUACGUGCCGGUGCAGCUGGUGCCGCCGUUGGAGCGUUUGCAGGAGGCCAACGCCGGCCAUCGCCGAAGCCGACGCCACCGCGAGCGUGCUUGCCCCGCGCUGCAGCUCCGCGCCGGCCUCCACAGCGAACCCAACGAGCGCUCCAUCUCCCCAUGGCGCUACCGCAUCGAUGAGGAUGAGAACCGCUACCCGCGCAAGCUGGCCUUCGCCGAGUGCCUGUGCAGCGGCUGCGUGGAUGUCAAGACCGGGCGGGAGACGACAUCGCUCAACUCGGUGGCCAUCCACCAGACCAUGAUGGUCCUGCGGCGCAAGCCCUGCCCACGUCCCGCCAGCCCUGGCCUCGUCACCUUCGAGGUGGACUACAUCAGGGUGCCGGUGGGCUGCACCUGCGUCCUGCCCCGCACCGGGCGCUGA